AAUCAGUUCGACUCAGUCGCUGACCCCGCUGCGCGUCGCGCCUUCGAGCGGAUCACGCACGGCCGCCUGGUUCCGCGCUACAUGCUGCCCCACGUCGUGGCAACAAUCGAAGAUCGAAUCCAGUCGACUGACCCGUACAGGGUGGCGGCGACAUUGAGAGAACAGCUAUCGAUCCCUGGGGACGUCACGACUGCUCCUGCAGCUAGCGGCGCUAUUGAUGCUUCUGACACUCCAGUACGAGUACCAGCUCCAUCGCAUAUCCACCUAGGUACUUCUGCAAUAGAGGUUUCGGACGAGGUAAAGCAAGGAUUAGUGGAGCAUAUGCGAAACCAGAUUCUUGACCGUUUACAUGUUGGAAAUUCAUCAGCCAUGCUUGCCUUGAAUGAUCUGGCAUUAUGGAAUCAUGGCACUUUGCUACACCCCGCUCCCGAAAUGCGUGGUAGAUUCUUAGCACGCCGCCACGCUUAUCAGUUUCUUACCAGUAUCACACAUUUAUCUCACGCUGUGAUUCAGCAUCCAGGACGAGAUCAAAUGAGGUCCUCCAAGAGUCCUUCUGAUGCUGUAGCUGCGCCACCUGCCGCCGUGGUGACCACGAGGAAUUUGCAUCUUCAAGUAGAUGAUGUUGAAGGUGAUGGUUCGUCAUCAAGUGCUGCAUCUCCAGGAAAGCGCGCUCUUCCUUGCACACACGUUCUUGAGUGCAUACUUCGAGGGUUUCAGGGUCUGAAAUUAUUUGGAAUUUAUCCGGAGAUGACGUGGACUGGAUAUCGAGCUGUAAAAAGUACUAUCGUGCGGAAUGCGUCGACACCCUGGCGCCAGUUUGCCGAGAUGUUCGCGGCAAAGAUAGAGGCUCUUCUUUUGCAGCAAUUGCACUCACGCCUCAUGGAUAGUUCUCUACUACCCCCAACAUAUGGUCGACGAAGUGGUGCAGAACACGUUCUUGAAGUAGGGAAUGGACUACGAGAAAGCUGGGACAGCGAUAUCUUGGAGAGUCCAACAUUUAUGGGUUGUCUUCGUGAUGGUAACUUUCUUGACAGUUUUGAUCUGAGGUCUCUCCCAUAGAAAUAGUAGGGCUCGACUUUUUUGGCGUUGACCACUUAGACCUAGUACUAUAGGAAUACCAGUAAGCAUGUAGAGUUCCUUCGAUUCCUUGUACAAUUCAUCAAAUAAACAUGGCAACUUGAUAAACUUCAAAUAGAUCAUGCAAUACCAGCGCUAAAACCGACUAUCGUGUUGAUGGAGAAGCCUACACUAUUCGUUGGAAACAGAGUGACUGCGAAGCAAAAACGUUGGGUCGUUUUCCAUUCAUGAGUAAGAUUGAGGAGGCUGAAUGCAACUUGCAUAUUGUCCUUCGUGACCUCUUGGCAGCCGCACCACAACAAAAACGUAUCCGGGGAAAUCGAGAUGUUCAUCAGCUCAUUGGGCUGGGACGCGCAAUGCGAAAGGCAAGCGAAGCAGUGACUCCUGAUGUCGUGUUCGAUUUCUCAAAGCAGAAAGUGAAGUGGUCGAAACAUCUGGACGAAGUAGGCGCAAAAGUACAGGAAACCGAAAAGAAUCAAGUACGAUCUUCACAGUUCUACCUUUUUCGCUUGAGCGCGAUCGUCGAGCAGAUUAACGCGUUAUUCGACCUCUGGUGUCCGGAGCCUCUAGGCUUAGAGCAGAAGUUACUGAAACAAAGUGGUCGAGGUUUCUCGAUUUACGCUGACGUACAGGUCUUCGGCAGCCAUGGGCUGGUGACACCCUUUCUAAAAGUUCUAGCUGAGGAGAAUGAGCACCAGGCAGACCAGAACAGUGGUGAGACAACCGUAGAGAAAGGUGUUAGUGUUGGAAGAGCACGUAAAGACCAAUAUCGCCUUUUUGUCGAUUACACGAGUUUGCCGAUACUCGAUGCUCCACACACUACGCAUCUGUCGGAUCUGGCUAAAGCUCGAGCGGAACAAGUUGUGCGGAGUACGAGUCGAGUCUUUUCGGCGCCUAAUGCGGACUUUGCUGAAGAUCAUAAGGACAUCGUGCUUGGAAAGAUAUUUCAAGUACUAGACCUAGACCUGCCACCAGGACCAAGAGAGGACAUGGAAGGUGCGAAGCGAUCGAUUGCUAUCACCGAAGCCGAACGCAAGCACCAAGACCAACAGGUGGAGAGGAAGAAUCAUGAAAACGACCUGCAUCCUGAGAUCGAGCACCAGUCACCUUCUUCAAGUUCCAGAAAGAAGUUUUUUGUUGAGAUCGGUGUCGGGCCAGGUGGGAUCGAGCACAACACAAGGUUUCUCCGCACCUUUGCAGGCUGGGAGGGUUUGCUGUUGGACAGUCACUACUCUCUACCGCGUAUCAAUUUGCACCAAGAAAUCGUCACGGAGGACACCAUUCUUUAAGGGUUUCCGAAUUACAUUCCAGACUACCUUCAUCCUUGGCUCUUUUCCUGGUAGAAAAGAAGCCACGGAAAGCGACGCGCUGAGAAGUGUAAAAAUUCCGUAAAGAACUCUAAAUUCUUGACAUUCUCAACAAGUACAAAGUGCCAACUUCGAAAACGACUGGCUUGGAUCUUCUGAGUUUCGAUGUAGAUGGUAUGGAUUACCAUCUGUGCAGGAAGAUUUUGCUGGACCAGAGGUGGGCUGCACGGGUUAUCGUCGUAGAACAUGUCCACGGCUUUGCCUGGCCAAACGUCGCUGUACCUCUUGACCUGACACUCGUUCCGAAGAGGAUGAAAUCUGACGGUGAACAAGAACUCCAUCAUCAUGACCUCCUUGAUGAUCAAGAAAUAGAUAUAGACGAGUAUAAUACUAGUAGAAGUAGAAUAGAUAUAGAAGAGCAGCAACCUCUUCACCCCCAUAAGGAUGCUGGCGAAGAAAGUUUAGCAGACUUUGUUGCUCCAGAAGCAGAUGAUAACGAACAUCUGAUGUUUGGGAGCUCAGCGACUGCGCUGGUUCAACUCUUGAACGCCUUCGAGUACGAUCUGGUGUAUUACGGUGAUUACGACCUCAUUUUUGUGCGCCGAUCCGAAGUUCAAGCGACCGCCAAACGUUGGCGGCCGAUGCUUCAGCAGGAACUUGCAGAUACUCGUCUGAAACAACUUCCUUCUGAUGCAGGAGAGAACGUCGAGAGAAGCACCGACGAGGCCACCGAUUCGACUUUUGUUAUGGUCAGCUUUUUUCCAUCAUUCUCGGCAUCUUGGUCCCCGUUUCCCUUGUAUUCUCGUGAAAUACAAGGUAAAAGGGGUCAAGGUGAGGGGGCCGAUAUACAAUCUAGCAGACUCUAACUUUGGUGCAGAUACGCUGUCAAGAAACCUAUUGAAUGUUUCAAAUCUUGAUGCUGCGUUGUCGUUUCGUGACGUGAAUAACCUUAAGACUCUUUGCCGAAGGUAUAUGACAAGCAUGAGAGUCCUUUUUCGCGACUCUGAAAUCCUCGACAGCGAUCGUUUCUGCAUGAUUGCAGGGAAAGGCAGGGAUAAAGACACACACUCUUCAUCUCCGAGUACGAACACAAAGAUAUCCGGCUACUCUUAAGGUUCUGGAUCUGGUCUUUUGUCAUCAUGCUCUUUUGCUGGUGACGUGGUGUAAAUCAGCAGACGCCAUCGCUAUCUUUUUGAUCCUGCCUCUAGUCUUAGAUUAUUUUAUUUGGAGGUUUGGGUAGGGUGAUCGGCCCGCAAGAAGUUGUGUCAGUAUGAUGAAAGGCUCCGUCUAAUGCUCGCUUGAAACACUACGCCAGAAUUUCUGGUGGGCUCCGCCAGGCAGCGAACUCGUCACCGAAGAACAAGUGAGAGACCCAACCUUCCAAUUUUAGAGGUGCUGGAUGAGUAAGUGGCAACGUGCUCCUGCACGUCCACGUGGUGGCACUACCAGUUUUCAUUUUUUUCAGAUCGACGGACGGAAAUUCAUUUUUUUAAUCCUGUUCCUGAGCUGCAGAUGAUGAUGCAUAAAGGCUGCCUAUUUGUAGAAUCUGCCGCAUGCAGGUGGAGAUGCGCAACUACUGCAACUUCAGUUUCUUCUCUUCAACAAACAGUCGGAAAAUGCAACAUUAUUAUUUUAUUAUUAUUUUCAACUUGUCGAACCAAGAUGUCGAUGUUGAUGUAAGUAUUCCAUCGAGUUCUCCAAGUCCAACACUCGUUUGUUUCAUCGCUCCUUUAUUAUUUUUUCGUUUCGUCGAAAGACUGAACGGACACAAGUUGUAAGUCUUAUAGCAGAGUAGUUUAUAGCACGCAUGGUGCAUGGAGUGCAUGGAGUAGCAUGGAGUGCAUGGAGCGCAGAGCUUUAAGGGGCGCAAGAGGCUCCCCCUUUAGCUCCAUGCUACUCCAUGUGAUCCAUGCACUCCAUGCCAUGCGAGCCGUGAAACCUUAUAAACUGCUCUGUUAUAGACUAUUAUAGCUUCUAG